AUGAUCUACCACAAGUGGUCGCUGCUCUCCUCCACCGUCCUCAUCUGGGGCGGCGUCACUACCGCUGGCCUCACCGGCCUCUUCCUCUUCAACGCCAAGGAGAAAUUCCAGAACUAUCUUUCCGUUGAAGGUCAAAGGCUUAGGCAGCAGGACGGAGUGGCGAUGGGCAAGAACUAAUGAAAGCCAUGGUAUUUAUCUCUCUGUACCAGACCAAAUUUUCUUCUCCUAGAGCUAUCCCUCCAAUGGCUUUCCCUCUAAGCUAUCUCCAAUAAAUCUUGAUGCUCAUGGCUGAAGCUUGGAAUGAGCUUUAGCUCUAGUUUUUGGCUGCUGCGCAGCAUUUGUGUAAAACGAUUGACGAUUUCGCUUUAACCUCUGAUAGCCCUUGUUUUAUCAUAGCUUUUAACUUCGUUUUGAUCAACUUGUGUGACAUGUCGAUGUCCAACUUGUGUUUUGGGUGCUCUGA